CUCGUAGCACGACCACGGGCCCCGCUCCAUCUUCGACUUUUAAUGACCCUAGUAUAACCUCACCUCAGACAAGUGCAAGCUCUGCCUUGAAGACGUCCUCGUCCUCGACAGCCAAUUCGACGACAACAACGGAUAUAACAUCGAGCAGUACUAGUGUUCGCACUAGUGGCUACUCAUCUAUCAACGUCACUAGUAAUACAAUAGUGCCACCCGCAGUGAGCUCCAGCGUAAUGACCACAAAUUCCGAUUCGGGCCCUAAUGCAUAUACUACGAUUUCUAUAUCCCAGCCCCCGACGCCCUCUUCUUCCCUGACCUCCAUGGGAGAAAGUAGCACAUCGAACAUACAAACCUCCGCAAGCGCACGGAGCAACUCUGCAGCCUCCGGCGCCGCCCUCCCUUCCUCGAGCACCCACUCAACCCACACUGGUGCGAUCGUCGGCGGGAUCAUUGGCGGCCUCGCAUUUCUCCUGCUCGCCGUCGUGGCCACCAUCCUCCUCCGCCGGCGCAUGCGCGCCCGCCGCACCGCGCCUUCCGCAGAGUUUAUGAGCCUCGCGCGGGGGACGACGCCCGGCCUCAGCCCCGGCGCCGUGCGCAUGAAGGGCACGAUGACGCCCUCUGGCGACCGCCUCCUCUCGCUAGCACGCCAGAGGUCGCUCGGCGACGACGUCGAUCGACCACCCGCGUUCACCCCAGGCGCGUACGCGGAUCCGGUGCUUGAGAAGGUGCAGGUCGCUACCGCGAUGCGCGAGCAAUAUCGGCCGCGCGACUCUUAUGCGGCAGCUCAGGCGGGUUGGGAGGGAACAUCGGAGAUGGGGAACGAGGGCGAGAGCACGCAGGUGGGCACGGAAGAGGGCUAUGGAUCAGGUGGGGACGAGAAGUCGGGAUACUAUACGUGGGCGAUAUGA